AUGCCGGCCUUGCGACCCCCGAGGAGGGCCCUGCUUCCUCUCUGCCGCGCCUUGUCCGGCGGCGGCUGCCAGCUCGUCCCCGAGCGCGGCGGUGAGCGCAGGGAUGCUGCCCCGAGCCGGGUCUCAAGAUUCUGCCCUCCAAGAAAAUCUUGCCAUGAUUGGAUAGGACCCCCAGAUAAACAGUCAAACCUUCGACCUGUUCACUUUUACAUCCCUGAAAAUGAAUCACCAUUGGAACAAAAGUUAAGAGAAUUAAGGCAAGAAACACAGGAAUGGAACCAACAGUUCUGGGCAAACAAGAAUUUGACUUUCCUUAAGGAAGAAGAAAAAUUUAUUGACUCAAGACUAAAAGCCAAAGGCCUGGAACUGAGAGCUGGAUCAGGUCAAAAAGCAACAUUGAAUGCAGAAGAAAUGGCUGACUUUUACAAGGAAUUUUUAAGUAAAAAUUUUCAGAAGCACAUGUAUUACAACAGGGACUGGUACAAGCGUAAUUUUGCCAUCACCUUCUUCAUGGGAAAAGUGGCCCUGGAGACGAUUUGGAACAAGCUUAGACUGAAACGAAAGAAGACCAGCAAUUAGGAGCCCACCCUGAC